GACGGAGUGAGCUUCUCAUCUCUGUGGGUGGACAUCGAUGCAGAUGUUUCAGUCACUGAUGAAAUAGGCGAGGAAGAUUUUGAGCAGAACUUGGUCAAUGAAAUCAUUCAGAAGGAAGAAGGGAAGAAUGGAGGAGAAGCAAAUGAGGAAGUUGCUGAUGAUGAUGAUGAGGAGGAGGAGGACGACGAAGAGCCAGUUCCCAAUGCUGCACAGAUGAGAGCUUCACUCUACACUCUGCAAGGCGAUCUACAGGUAUUAGAUUUCACAAAAUUUGACGAUUUCUGGUGCCUGGAGAAGGACAUCAAAGAG